ACAGGAGGCCGCAGAGGAGUGACUGACAUACCCUUGUUGCUGACUAUCUAAGAAUGGGAUCGGGAGAAAGUAAGGGACACUCAAAACGAUUAACUACAGCUUCCUGGGGAUUUUUAGGAAGAGAAAGACAAGUUCAGGUAGGAGUCAGUGGUGGAGCAAUUUAUAGAACUAUCACAGAGGAACAAGGAUAGAUAUUGUUUCAACCUCAGUGAACCAAAACUCCUCCACUUGAUGCCGAAGUUCGCCAUUAAAAAGAACUAGUACAAAUUCGAAUAUAAACGUCUAGUCACUUCACUCUGAAGUCCCUUAUCUUAAGCUUCGCAGGCUAUUUGGUAGGGAAAUAGACCUCAGUAUUGUUUCCACGGUUUUCUUUUUUUCAACUUUUGACAUGGGAAAAUCCGUCGAAUCCGUUGAAUAGAUCGAACCCCUCAGAUAGCGUUUACGACAUUGUAUAAUCAAUUUUUCGUAGCCUGCGUAGCAGGCGUCGCAAGGGGUAGGGGAUAGGGAAAAAGGGAAAAAGGGAGAGGGGCGGGGGAGAGAGUGGGUUUGCUGCGGGAGCAAGAACAGUAAAAAUGUUUCAUUUCGCUCGAUUAUGAUAUCACUUGAAAAAAGCGUCUCAACUUGACAAUUUCCGGUAAACAAAGUAAUAAUUAAGCUCGGACCAUGCUGAGAGACCCCGUACUUGUGAUUGGUCACGUAUUGACAGUGACAUUAUCGGAUUAGUUGAGAAAAUGGUGGGCGGAUUACAAAAACACCGGCUCUUAUAGCAGGCGCUCCCUUCCCUUUCCCCUCUUUCGUGCUUUUCUCCCUCCCCUUCUCCCUCCCCCUCUCCCUCCCCUUUUUGCGCCUGCCACGCAGGUUAAUUUUUCGAAAAAGGCUUGUUGGGUACUCCUGCGCUAAAUGUUUCAAGGGCACCCAACGUCAAUUUUCGGAGAAUAUCUGUUCGGAAGACGAUCUGAGAUCUAGAAUUUUCGGAACAUUUGCUGUAAAACUUCUUGCUUGCCCCCCUAGGAUUUUCGAACAUCUACAAAAUGGUAUAAUUGCCCAUUUUUAACGGAUUUUUACCCUAAAAAGGUCACCUAAAAUUUUCGGGAGCCUUUUUUCUGGCUGAAAUUUUCGAAAGGGUAAGUUUUGAUCCUAUAACUUUCGGAUCGCUAGACUUUCAGCUAAGAAAUCCGAACAGAUGAAAAAUUUUUAGGGGAUAAAAAUAUGCCUAUAUCUACCGUUUAAAUACUAAAAUACGUUUAACAAUGCUAUGUUUAAGUGGUUUUGAACUAUAUUCUCGUUGGGUGCCCCUGAUGUAUUGAUUUAUCUUUAUUAAUCGACUACAGUACGUAUUUCAAGGACGUAAUCUAAUACUACUAGUGUCAAUUGAGUCCAAUGUCCGCUUUUUAAAAUGGAAGUUUUUAAAUAACAGGAAUUAGCCAAAUUCAAUUAGCUUUAGCGUCCACGUCCACUUAAUAGAGGUGUCCGCUGAAUAGGGGUUCUUUAGAAAGGGAAAUAGAAGACGUUAAUUUCGGGACCCGGCUUAGUUCCCACUUAAUAAAGGAUGUCCGCUUAAUUGGGGGUCCACUUAAUGGAGGUUUUACUGUACAUACGUUUCGUUGGCAACUGGUACCCCCUUUUCAUUCCUAGUUUAGAACUUUGCAUCCCUUUUAAUUGCUGUAAAUUCACUUUUCCUUUAAAUAUUAAUUUAAAAAAUCACAAAACUAGAAAAUUGUCUCGCAUAAAAUCCUUCUGUAGCCCAUUUUGAUCACUUUGAUCAUUUUACAGACCGAAAACAGAUUUUCCUACCCUUUCACAUACUUCAACUAGUGAAAACCCUACCCUUUCAUAUACCUGAAGCCUGAAAAAGAUACUCCUUUCGGGUGUGAACCUGCCCGUAAAUGCCACUGUAGGAAGAAACUCCCCGGGAAAACGAAUCCAACCUUGCUAAUUGUCAUUAAUAAUACUCGUAUUUUGAUUCCUCUGUUUGCAGUUUUACAAUAUUACAAUUGAGGUAAAUGAGAUCACUGGUCUAGUUAUAGGGAAACAAAUCAGAAAACGAUGCGGAAACGAAGGGCGGCAUCUGUAUCUGAAUGAUGUGGAUCGGAUGACAUUGAGAUUUCUGAGAGCAGCCAACUCAUUCAUCCCUGAUGCUAGACACGAUGGCGCCAACAUGAGAAAUUGUGCCUUCAUUCUUAGACAACCCGGAAGUGAGUUUGUCAUCAUUUCUGGGGACGGAGAUUGGGAGUAUGAUUUUUGCGAAGGAGCCGAUGGCGAGAUUUAUGGUCGCUGUACACGCAAGCCCUUUCUGCGCUAUGUUUGGGAUGCAGCCAGGUCAGUGGUCGUUCGCUUAUUUUCAACUGGUUUGAGGGCUUUGACAUAUUAUUAAGAAAGAAGUGACAAGCGUAACGUUGUCACUUUACGCCUUUCUGUUGAGGAUUUUAACAUCAUUUGGUUAUACUUUUUCUUAUGCAGACAACAGACCUCAGUUUUUCAAAAGGUGCAAAACGCUAUCCACUGAAUAAAUACACUAAUCUCUAUCCACUACAUAAUGAAAUUGGAUUCCCUUAUGCUAAUUAUUUAUUUAUUUACCGGCUUUUCUGGACACAGGCCUGCCCAGAGGGAAUGUGCACGAACGGGACUUAGCUCCCAUGCGAGGUGCCAUCCCUACCCAAUCCCACAACGCGUAAGGUUGGCCACACCACCGGGGCCUACGACCCCUACUCUUUUCGAAUAGUAAUGUGGAUUCUUUUACGUCCCACAACAACAUACGGGUUUUCGUCCUUAUCCGAGAAGACUAGAGAGUCUAACCAUUUGCAGAUGUCAUUUCAAAGGCAGCACCUCCUUCUCGGUUAUUUAAAGACCCUGAGUGUUGGUCCGGCCGGGGUUUGAACCCGCGACCUCCCGCUUAGCAGACCGGCGCUCUCCCAACUGAGCUAACCAGGCGGCGGCGGUUAAUCCGUUGGAUAGGGAUUUAUCCACUUGAUAGCGUAAUCCAACUUUUGAACAUCUGGGACCAAUAGUUUACUUUUUCUUUUGGCUUAUUGUGCAAUUAAAGACGCCAAUCAUUAUAUAUUAAGAACACUGACAGGGCACGGGAAAUCAUUGUCUUACCAAGAACUCUUAAAUAUAUGUAAGUUGGACAUUUUAGAGUGUACGAAAAAGCAGCAAUCUCUGAUCCUAUUAUUUAAAUGCAUUAGGAACAUAAGGCCGAAAUACAUUAGAGACUUUUUUAGCAUAAGAGAAACGUCUUACAAUUUAAGAGCAAAUGGUGUUAAUCUCUGCGUGCCCAAAUUUAAUCUUAAUUUUAUGAGGAACUCUUACUUACAAGUGCGCUUAACUGUGGAAAAAACGUCCAGAAGAUGUUAAGCUGGCCGUUAAUGUUAAUAUUUUUAAGUCUAGGCUAAGAUCAAUUCAGCUGUAAUCUUUAUAUUUUAAUAUAUUUUUGUAAUUUUUAUAAUUUUUUAUAUUCACGUGUACAUAGAUUUAGAUUAUACAUUUAAUUUAUAUAUAUAUAUGUAUAUUAGAUAUUACUAUUGUAAUUGUAGAUUUAAUGCACGUUCGUUUUUUGAAAGAGCACUUGUGCUCUUAGACGAUAACGUGGUUAAAUAAACUAUUGUUGUUGUCAUUUUUGUAUGACAUGAGCAGGUCAACUUUAACUUUUUAUCUCGAAACUUUCGAAAGGUCUUCUAAUACGAUUUAGUCAACUUCCUGGUUCAACUAUCUAUAUCACGUAUUUUUGUCUUGUACAUUCCACUCAUCUUUUAGUUACGUGCAGAACUGCUAUGUCAUAGGCUUUUCCUGUGCGUGGUUUUUUAUUAUCUCGAAUUUUUUCAGCACUAAUUAUUUGCAAUUUAAAAACAAUUUUGGGUCGCCCCGUGUAAGGGAAUCCAAGCAGUCUUGGAUUCAGGAUUCCAGGUACUGGAUUCUAGAUUCUUUGUCAGUAGAACUUUGAUCCUGGAUUCCAAUCGUAAGUGAGAUCCGGAUUCCUUGAGCUGUAUUCUGGAUUCCGGAGCCCAGGAUUCCGGAUUCCAAAAGCAAAAAUUUCCCGGAUUCUGGAAUCCGAAUUUCCUUACAUGGGGGGAUUGGGCAUUUAUUGUUACAACUACCUAUAUCUCUUUUAAUUAGGAUUUGAUGUAAAUAUUUGCUUUUGCUUCUGUUUACGACUGGGUUCCUGACCCAUAACGUACUUGUUUACUAGCGUACAAAUACAAGGCACAAGAUAAAUCAACUUAGUCUUCUCGAAUUGCGUUAGCUUUGCUAUUAAAGCUGUGGAGCUAAAAGCACUAUGGCUCCCAAAAGGGUUCAACCUCUUAGUAAUUCUGUGUGCAAGAAGUCAGUGAAGAAGUUAAGAAGCUCCUCUGACCACCGUACACUUCUACCCAAGCCAUUAAUUUUCUUUUUUUUUUCCUUCUUCUUCUCCUUUAUUAGUGUAUUCCUACCCUACUAUAUAUAAUGUAAAUAUG